GUGUGUUGUUGGCCGUCGCGAGUGUCGUCGGUUGCCUGGGUGAGGAUGGAUCACGCCUUUAUAACAGAGAGAUAAACUGUUAUUUUAUCUCUCGUAAACACAUCUGUCAUAUCUACACACACAGGCAACGAUCAUCGGGGAGGAGUGCCAUCAAACGGUGCCAAUAGUGGGAUGGAGUGGCAUUUCUUGCUUGACUUCUCCAAAGUUUGUCUACAGGACAGCAAUGAUCAGAUAAUCUGAGAGGAGAGACGCCCGUCUGUCAGUACCGUUUCUCCGCGUGAAAAGGUGAAAAUGAACCGUUACACAACACUCAAGCAGCUGGGUGAUGGAACCUAUGGCAGCGUUCUAAUGGGGAAGAGCAACGAGUCUGGAGAACUAGUGGCCAUCAAGAGAAUGAAGAGGAAGUUCUACUCGUGGGAGGAGUGCAUGAAUCUGAGAGAAGUCAAGUCGCUGAAGAAACUGAACCAUGCUAAUGUGGUCAAGUUAAAGGAGGUGAUACGAGAGAAUGAUCACUUGUACUUUGUCUUUGAAUACAUGAAAGAAAACCUCUACCAGCUCAUGAAAGACAGGGAAAAUAAGAUGUUUACUGAGAAUGAAAUAAGGAACAUCAUGUUUCAAGUUCUCUCUGGUUUGGCAUUUGUGCACAAGCAUGGAUUUUUUCACCGUGAUAUGAAACCAGAAAAUUUGUUAUGUAUGGGUCCUGAGCUGGUGAAAAUUGCUGACUUUGGAUUGGCACGAGAGAUCCGCUCUCGGCCACCUUACACAGACUACGUCUCAACACGAUGGUAUCGAGCUCCAGAGGUGCUGUUGAGGUCACCAGUGUAUAGUUCACCCAUAGACAUCUGGGCAGUAGGCUGCAUCAUGGCUGAACUCUACACGCUACGACCUCUGUUUCCUGGCAACAGUGAGGUGGAUGAGAUCUUCAAGAUCUGUCAGGUCCUUGGUACAGUAAAGAAGUCAGACUGGCCGGAGGGUCAUCAGCUAGCUGCUGCAAUGAAUUUCCGCUUCCCACAGUGUGUUCCUACACCGCUAAAAACCCUGAUCCCCAAUGCCACCAAUGAGGCUUUGGACAUCAUGAGAGACCUCCUCCAAUGGGACCCAAAGAAAAGACCCUCUGCUGUGAAGGCACUCAGAUAUCCAUAUUUCCAAGUGGGACAACUUUUGGGUCCCCGUCCGAUGACCCCUGAUGUACGGAAGGCUCCGGUGAAGACAGUCCUGCCUGGUGAACUCCGAUCAGAGAUGCAGUCUGUCUCGGAACCAGUGCUGCCAUCACAGACUAAAGGCCAAAGCAGAAACUCGCAUCAGCCACUCCAGCAGAUUCCUCUGCCUCAGUCUCUCACGCAGACGGACACUGUUGCUCUACACACACAAAAGGUGGUUGGAGGAGAGAAUGGUUUGAUGGGGCUGAAGAAUGGACGUCGAAGGUGGGGACAGACCAACAUGAAACCCUCAGACAGCUGGGAUGACUCCGACUGCUCUGAUACUGCAGCAUCCCUCUCUAAAAAACCCAGCAAAGGUCCUGAGGAGGAGAAAACUACUCCACAACCAAAGGACCAGAAACCCCUUUACACAUUUAGCACUGUAACCAAGUUACCGAACACCAGCAGGCUGAACCAGUCAGACUCCAGUCAUCAGAGCACCUCCUCAGCCAGACAGCAUUACCUACGCCAAUCCAGAUACAUGCCAGGGUUAAUAAGCAAGAACACACAGUCUUUGAGUAACAAGGAGUCUCAACAAGACUUCUGGGACACUUCAGCUCUGAUGAGUAAACCUCUUGCGCCCAUUGGAGGAGCACCAAUGUCCAGAAUCAGCCCAGGGAACUUUGUAACUACAACAUACAAUCUCUCUGGAGGAUACAUACCUUCCUUUCAGAAGAAGGAAGUGGGUUCCGUAGGCCAGAGGAUUCAGCUCGCUCCUCUUGGACACCAGCAUGCACUUGAUCUGUCUGCCACUGCUGACUGUAAAACUGGCAAAGCUAAACCUUCAAAGUCCAAACCUUCCUCUACAGUUUCAGUCAAUGAUAACUCUGAAGAUUAUGAUGGAUGGAAAAGGAGAGCAGAACGAACCCAACUUAAAGGAACAAGCUACUCAGCCCUGGGCAAAAAUUCUGCCAAUCUCAUCACUCAUGCGCCAUCAGUUCAGCCAGUGCAUGGGCGAAUUGACUGGGCAGCAAAAUAUGGAAGCCAUCGUUAGUUUUAAUGCCACGGGGACUACUUUCGACGCUCGGAAAUGCUGUAUAAACACAUCACACUGUAUCAUAUCGCAUCUUUUCCUUUGAGGAGCGACUAGGAUAGACCUACACCACACCGUGUAAGCCCAUGGCUGCUUCAUUGUUCAAUAAAGGCAAGAAUCUGUGAACGCUGGCUGCUUACAAACUUAAGUUUCAUCAACUUCCUAAUCAUCAUCUUGUUCAGAUGCCUGCUGUUCUUUUACGAUGAAAUGGGCAAAUCUAUCUUAUAUACUGCAUCUAUUUUGUAUCCCUUUUGACAUUUUAUUUCUUUUAUUCUUGUUUUUUUUUUUAAUUCAGUACUGUUACAAGGCAGCAUUAUUUUUUAUUUUACUGUAAUCACUGAUAUUAGCGUCCAUCUUUCAGUUUUUCUGUAGGCUCUACUGGGAAGCAUCACAAUAAUGUAGAUGGCAGAAAAUGAGUUGGACUGAACUCAAAACACUAUAGUAUUCUAUAACAAGAUGGCCAUUAUUUUAAACAAACGUCUUUAAUUUAGAGAUUUUUUUUAAUUGUACAUAAUUAUACAAAACUUAUAUUGUAUACUUAUACAAAAAAUACUUAUAAUGACAAUGAGUUAUAAUAAUGUUGUUCAGAAAGAAUGAUCACUUUGAACAAUAGCAGACAUAAUUUUUGUUUCAGUAUCAUGAUUUCUGAGGUUUCUGCAACAUUCCGGCUCCAAGUUUUGCCAGCAUCAGGACACUGCAAGAAACGGUUAAAGGAUUCAUUACAACCAAAAAUGAAAAUACACAUUAAAAAUACACCAAGCAGUAGUUAAAGUUAAAUCUUUUUUCCCCCUUCCUCUCAACUGCUUUAUGACAAAAGUACAGCAGAAAGGCAUUUGGACUAUUAUGAUGAGUCUUGUUUUUUUUUUUACUUCACAGUCAGGUUUAUAACGAUGGUUUUUGUGCCAUUGGAGCAGGAAAGUCAUUCACUGAAAACCCAGAGAAAACUGGGGUGGGCGAUAUGAUAAAAAUCUAUCAUGAUACAAGUCACUGCGUAUCCUGAUAACUACAUAUUCAAUUAGUAGUAAUAUUGACCACAUGGAUAGGAUUAUUUCUCUUUGACAUUUUAAAGUAUAUGCUCAAAUAAGCGCAAUCAUAUUUUAUUAUUUUUUCUCACCUUUAGUAGAAAUUCUGGGCAAUUGUUUAGGUAUACACACACAGCUAAAGUCAGAAUUAUUAGCCCCCUCCUGUAAAGGAUUUGUAAAAAAAUUUUUUACGAAUUGUAAAACACAAUUCAGUUUUAAUAACUCUAAUAACUGAUUUCUUUUAUCUUUGUCAUGAUGACAGUAAAUAAUGUUUGACUAGAUAUUUUUUCAAGACAUUUAAAGGCUUAACUAAUUUAAUUAAGUUAACUAGGCAGGUUAGGGUAAUUAGGCAAGUUAUUGUAACGAUGGUUUGUUCUGUAGACUAUCAAAAAAAAACUGUUUUAUUCUAGCCAAAAUAAAACAAAUAAGACUUUCUCCAGAAGAAACAAUGAUUAGACAUACUGUAAAAAAUUCCUUGCUCUGUUAAACAUCAUUUAGGAAAUAUUUUAAAAAGAAAAAAAAUUCAAAGAGGGGCUAAUGAUUCUGACUUCAACAGUGUGAGUAUAUGUGUGUGUGUGUGCUAAAUUUAAACAUUGUACUUUCAAGCUGGCAACUUUUUCUACAUGCUGUUAUUCACAUUUCUGCCUGCAUCCAGAUUGAUCAUCUAUAAGACGAAUGAAGUAUUACCGUAACCAAUGUAUUUAGCAACACCACGCUAUAGCAGAAUAUGAAAUAGACUUUGUAUUUUGCCAAUAUGAGCGCAUAGCCCUAUAACAUUAUUUAACUUGCCGUUUUCUCUGACUUUGCAAUAUUGUGAGCCAUUAAUGUGAUGAAAUCUUUCGAAAGCAGGUUGUCCAGAUAAAGGCCAAAGGGAUGACCCUUUCAGCCACAGCAAGAGAAGUUGGUUUUCUAGAAUAUUCUUUACCUCAAAUCCACAAAAGAGAAGUGCAGCACCAUGGCAGAGUGAAUGCAAAUGUAUAUCAAAGCUUCUGCAACAAGAUUUCUUCAAACCUUUAUAUACGCUACAACCAUUGCUGUUCAUUUAUCAUUGUUUUUCACAAAAUAAAUCAUUUUUGUUUAA